GGUUGGUUUUAGUACAGUCAAUGAGAGGGGGGCCAGCUCCAUCUGCCUCAAAACCACCGGCCACGAACAGGCACGCGUCAUGGUGGCUCUUGCAGCCAAAGCAGACGGGACAAAGCUGAAGCCUUACAUUAUUUUUUAAAGGUGCUGUCCGUGAUGUAAAGGCUAUGCAGAGCAUCCCCGGGUUGAUCAUAGCUUCCUCCAAGAAUGGCAUGUUUAAUGAUGACCUGACAAACGAUUGGCUCCAGAGAGCAGUGGGGAAAUUUAAUUUCGGACCGAGGCUACUUGCAUGGGACUCGUACCGAUGCCAUAUCAGCGAGGCCACGAAGGCAGAGCUCAAAAGGGGCUACAACAUUACAAUGGCUGUUAUAUCUGGAGGUUUCACAAAGUACCUGCGGGCCCCCAAUGUUGUGUGGAAUGGCCCUUUCAAAGCUCAGCGCCGUGACUACUAUGAUAACUGGAUGGCUGGUGAUAAAGACAAGACCUACACCAAGUCAGGGAACCUGAGAGCCCAAUCCCGCCGCCUCCUGGUCGACUGGGUCCUGGAAGGCUGGGAUGCUCUGGAUCGGGACACUCUGAUCAACUCAUUCAAGGUGUGUGGGCUGACGGUGGCAGCCGAUGGGAGUGAGGACCAGCUCUUUACUGCUGUGGUUCAGGAAGAGGAGGAGAGUGAUGAGGAACAGCAGUUCCUCAAUGAACUUGUGAUUGAAGAGGAAGAUGAUGAUGAGGGGGGUGAGGGGAGGAAGCGAAGGAGGAGGAGGAGGAUGAGUGGGUCUGAGUUGCAUUUGGGGUUGCAUUUGCUGCAGUAUUAUUGUUUUGAUGGUUUUAUAGAGUACUUGGUACCAUAAUUUUAUUUUUCCUGUAUGCUGCUUUAUUUAAAACAUGGAAUACUGUAGCCUUUAUUUUAUUUAAGUGAGACUAUUAUUGUUCUGUUUUGAUGGUGAGUUUUAUACUUGAGUACUUGGUACCAUAAUUGUAUUUAUCCCGGUAGGCUGCUUUAUUUAAAAACGUUAUUUAUUUUCAGUAUUGGUAUUCUA